AUGGACCCCACGUCUAUUCAAGAGCAAGUGCGCUCGCACGAUGGUGUCGACACGACCCAGGAGCCUCCCUCCAAGAAGGUCAAGUUGGACGAUGCGCCGACUACCAAUGCACCUGCAGCUGCAGCUGCUGAUGCCGACCCGCGGCUCAAGGGUGUCGCUCCGAUCAAGGCUGAGUACCUUUUGCCGCGGUCCGACAAGAGCCAGCCCACCCCGGAACAAGAGAAUCAGGACGAUGCCGCCGAGGCCGCCCACCACGAUGGCCGCAACAGCAACAGCAACAAUACCGAGAUGAAGGCCCACCAGUACCAGCAGAAGAAGAACAAGAAGAAGACCGGCCAGAACACUAACCGGACCUUUGGCCGGUCGGAGGAUGCAAAGGGUCUCUGCCCCAGCCGCAUGUUCCAGCCCGAGUUCUCCCCCGCCGAGUGCAGCUUCGGCGAGAAAUGUCGAUUUGAGCACGACCUGCGCAUCUACCUGAAAGAGCAUAAGCGGGAGGAUCUGAACACCAUGAAUGGCGUUUGUCCGGUGUGGGAUACUCAUGGCAAGUGCUUCUCCGGCUGGAAGUGUCGGUUCGUGGGCUCGCACUCGGAGGAGCGGGAGACGGAGGACGGGAGAAAAGAGCUGGUUCUCCUCGAGGAUGAAGAGCGCAAGAACAAGGUGCAGCGGCUGGUCCCCCAGGCUUCGGAGGAGGGCGUGUUGAACAUCGCCGCCAUGGACGAUAAGCUUGCGCUGGCCCGGAAGAAGAAACAUCUCCCCAAGGCAGAGGCGUAUUCGAAUUGGUUGGAAAAGACGAACAAGGCCAUUGAGAAGGAUCUCCACAAGCGCGACCGGGUUGGGACCACGGAGGUGGAGGAUGGGUCCAAGGAAGAGCAGGAGGACAAUCGCGCUGCCUACGUUGAGCCCCCUUUGCUUCCGUCUGAGAAGCGCAGGCUGUAUUUCGGUCCCGAGACCCCGGCCUUGGCUCCUCUGACGACACAGGGUAACAUGCCCUUCCGCAGACUCUGUGUGGAGCUUGGCGCGCAGCUCACUUAUUCGGAGAUGGCCAUGAGUCUGCCAUUGAUCCAAGGGCAGAAGUCAGAGUGGGCUUUGAUGAAGGCGCACGAGUCGGAAAUUGCUCCCCCGACGGUUUUCCCUGGGUCGGACAUUGUGCAAGACUACGACAACUCGAAGGAUAUGAAGUUUGGCGCUCAGAUUGCGGCCAACAAGCCCUGGCAGGCUUUCAAGGCCACAGAGGCACUGUCACAGAUGACCCCUCACCUACGUCUCAUUGACCUGAACUGCGGCUGCCCUAUCGACCUUGUCUUCCGUGAAGGUGCGGGCUCUGCUCUUCUCGAGCACCCGUCCAAACUCGAGAAGAUCAUUCGUGGCAUGAACACCGUUUCCGGGGAAAUCCCCGUCACCGUCAAGAUCCGUAUGGGAACUAAGGACAGCUCUCCCAAUGCUUUGAAGUUGACCGAACGCCUUCUGCUUGGAGGCUAUGAGUCUCAUCUGUUCGGCGGUGGUGGUGCCGGAGCGGCCGCUAUCACUCUUCACGGGCGGAGCCGACAGCAGCGGUACACCAAAUCCGCCAAUUGGGAGUAUAUCUCCGAAUGCGCCGCUCUUAUCAAGCGCCUGAAUGAGAAGCAGGACGAAAUCGCCGACACCAUCCGGGAGCCCGAUGCUCGCACGCAACCCAACGGCGGGAAAGUCUGGUUCCUCGGCAAUGGUGACUGCUUCUCUCACCUUGACUACGAUGACCAUAUUAACAAUGCGGGCGUCGACAGUGUCAUGAUUGGCCGCGGAGCUCUGAUCAAGCCUUGGCUCUAUGAGGAGAUCCAGGCAGGCCAGUACCUUGACAAGUCCUCGAGCGAGCGUCUUACAUACAUCGAGAAGUUCGCCAAGUAUGGUCUCGAGACCUGGGGGUCCGAUGAGCAUGGUGUUGGCACGACUAGACGCUUCUUGCUGGAAUGGCUGAGCUUUGCCCGGCGAUACGUGCCUCUCGGUCUGCUCGAAUACCUCCCACCCCAGAUCAACGACAGACCUCCGGCGUUCCGGGGCAGAGAUGACAUGGAGACCUUGAUGGCGAGUACUAACUACAAGGAUUGGAUCAAGAUCACGGAAAUGUUCCUCGGUCCUGCCCACAAGGACUUCAAAUUCGAGCCCAAGCACAAGUCCAACUCAUAUGACGAAGCGGAGGGUUAG